AAUGCCCGUUCUGGGGACUGAAUGACUUCCCGAUUCUCUCUGAUAAAUGCAGCUGUAGCCCUGAGACUAGGCUCAAACUCUUUCUGAUGACCCUUCUGCACGGUUGUUCUGUGAAAGAUGUUGAGUGCAGUUUUUCUUCUGAUAUGGCUUACAUUGAAGUCAUCCCUUGUAGAGUGUCAAAUGGGUGGUCUAUUUUGUGAAGAUUUAGAGGUUAACAACAACGAUGUUCUGAAGAAAAUUUUAGAGAGAAUUCGUUUUGUUGGACGAAGCUGUAAGGAUAUUAAGCAGAAAUAUGAUAUUAAUGAGGAUGGUCUGUAUUACCUCGCCACAGCCAGUGGGGUGGUGUACCAGACCUACUGUGAUAUGACCACAGCGGGUGGGGGCUGGACUCUGGUGGCCAGUGUGCAUGAGAACAACAUCCAAGGGAAGUGUACCGUCGGGGACCGCUGGUCAAGCGAGCAGGGAAGCAACCCCAACCGCCCUGAUGGAGAGGGGAACUGGGCCAACACAGCCACUUUUGGAACUCCUGAAGGCGCUACCAGUGAUGACUACAAAAAUCCAGGUUACUAUGACAUCACAGCAGAGGAUGUGUCUGUGUGGCAUGUUCCUAAUAGAGCCCUGCUGAAGCACUGGAAGACUGCUGCCACCAUGCGUUACCACACCCAGACAAACUUUCUCAAACUCCACGGGGGAAAUCUGUUUGAGCUCUUCAAGAUCUUCCCGGUGAGGUAUAAUGCAGGAGGAUGUCGCACCAACAGUGGACCUACUGUUCCUGUGGUGUAUGAUUUUGGUGAUGCUUGGAAAUCUAAAAACCUUUAUGGGCCAAAUACAUAUGUUGAAACUACUCCUGGGUACAUCAGCUUCAGGGUGUUUAACGACGAAAGAGGAGCCAAUGCCAUCUGCUCUGGAGUCCAACCCACUGGGUCUAGGUGCAACACUGAGACCUACUGCAUUGGUGGUGGGGGACACUUCCCAGAGGGCAAUCCACGCCAGUGCGGAGAUUUCGGAGCCUUUGACUGGAAUGGCUAUGGAACACAUCGGGGUUGGAGUAGCUCCAGGGAGAUGCUCGAGUCCUCUGUGCUGCUCUUCUACCGCUGACAGUCUCAUGAUUCUUCAGCAUGAUCAGACUUCAAGUGUGGCACAUGCAGUCUUGUUCAGUAUGCAUUUAUUUUCUCACUUAGACUAAAAUAAAGCUCAAUAAACAGGGAUACGGUGCACAAGCUUCAGAGUCCCUUUGUGUGUAAAAUCAUACCCAUCUGAUUCUUUCUUCUCAGCACAAUAAAGAUAAACGUCAGCUGUU